CUACCCUUUCCACUCUUCACUCUUCAACAUCCUCCCUGCCCUGAAAUCCCUCUCCAAAUGAAAAUCCCCCUCCAAGGAUGGCACCCCGGCGAACUCUCCAUCCAGCGCCGUCUCGGCUUCGAAGACGCAGUCAGCGAGAGCUGGCGCGCCGUUAAAACAGACAUGCCCGAGCAACACCGUCUCUUCCACACGUCCAAUUUGCAUUUCAUACCCGUCACGACGCUCGAUGAACAUGGUCGGCCCUGGGCGUCUAUCGUGGCCGGCGCAGGCGGGAAUAUUGGGUUUGUGAAGAGCCCUGAUCCCGGGACUUUGUUGGUUACUGCGCGUCUGUGGGAUGGGGAUCCGUUGUUGGGUACGGUGGAUGCGUGGAUGGAAGGGAAACUGUCUGGGGCUGGUAGAGGUAGUGGUGCUUUGGAGAGAUUCUUGACUGCUGGGCUGGGGAUUGAGUUCUCGACUCGAAGACGGAAUAAGUUUGCGGGGCGGAUAAAGAAUAUCCGUCCUGUUGGAGAUUUAGACGUUCGGUUUGAGAUGUAUGUUAAUGAGGCUUUGGGGAACUGUCCCAAAUACAUUAACGUGCGCAAAUUGGUCCCGUUUGCACAUGCACGGCCCCAAAUCGCCUACCGAGUCGACCAUCUGCGGCAAUCUCAGAGGCUGCCUGAAGACGUUAUCGAUUUCAUCACAAAUGCGGAUACCGUCUUUAUAGGGUCUGUCUACAAAUCACAGAGAUCCACAGCAAACAAGUUCCCCUCGCAUGCAGGCAUGAAUUCACGAGGCGGAUUGCCUGGAUUCAUGCGCGUACGACCCUCCGAUGGUCGAACUGUCGUGCUUCCAGACUACUCGGGGAAUCGAUUUGUAUCGAGUCUUGGCAACAUCGAAGCGACAGGGCUGGUUGGCCUUACUAUCGUGUCGUUAACGACAGGAGACGUCCUCUAUCUGACAGGCACGGCCGAGAAUCUCGUCGGACAAGAUGCUCUCAGGAUAAUGGACAGACACUCCACGAUUACCGUGGUGAAAGUGACCGGAUUCACGUUUGUCAAGGAUGCUCUGCCAGUCCGUCAAGAGCCGGGAACUCCUGUCGAGCGGAGUCCUUACAGCCCGAAGAUCAAAUACCUUGUUGAGGAGUCUGGGGCUGCAUCUGGCGAGAGCGUGGCGCACAGAGCGGAGUUGAAGAGCGCGAUGCAGCUAUCUGACGAUCUAGCCGUCUUAAGGUUCAAGGUUCUUCCACAUGAAGGUGCUAGCAAGUUGAGGAUACGACCUGGACAGGCCAUUGUGUUGGACUUCAUGAACUGGAUAGGCCCGCCACAGUAUCACCAUAUGAUGAGCACGAAACCAAGUCUGCUAAACGACGACCGAGUGCGGACCUGGACAGUCUCAAGUGCCCAUGAAGCAGACGAUGUCUCCUGGUUCGAGCUGACCAUGCGCGAGCUUAAAGGGGGAGCGGUCACCGGCGCUCUUUUUGAUGUUUUGGGAGAAUCCAACAAAGAUCGUGGGUCGUCUUUUGCACCGGUUAAGGCCGUUGUGGCAGAAAUCGUUGGAGUCACAGGUAACUUCUACCUCAGUCCAACAGCUGUCAAUGUUUUAUGGGUGGCUGGAGGAAUUGGUAUAACGCCUUUCUUAGCAAUGUUGCAGGCACUUUCUACCCGAGAGCAUCGGGUACAGAGUGAUGUCACACUGGCUUUAGCAACAAGAGAACCAGACAUCAUGAUGGAAGUUUUGAAGCCAUUGCUUGCGAAUUUACCGCCGGAGGUCCGAUUGACGAUCGACAUAUUCAUGAAUGUGCCGGACUUUCGACUGAAUCUAACACUAAAGGACAGCCAAAGUAUUUCUGUUCACCAUGGUCGGAUUCCUGCCGAAUACUGGACUGAUACAGCCGGAAGUAAAGAUGUGCUGAUUUGUGGGCCAAAUGGGUUCGGGGAUUCGGCGAUGGAGGGAUUGCAAGCUGCGGGUGUGCCAUUGCAAAAAAUACAACGGGAGGGAUUUUACUGAGCAGGAAGUUGAAAGGGCCUGGUGAUGGUCAAAG